GGUGUUGAGACUUCAGUUGCCGCCCGGCUCGAAUAAAGUGAAGAUCCUCGUGGUCCCCAGGCCGUCUGCACUCCAUCAAUUAACAACAUCACCAAUAAUGGCGGAUUUCCUCGGAAAGAAGUACAAGCUCUCGAGCAGUGAGAAUUUCGAUGAAAUGAUGAAAGCCCUCGGUGUGGGAUUGGUGAUCCGAAAAAUGGGAGCCCAGGUGAGUCCAGUCGUCGAGCUCACCAAAAAUGAUGAUAUUUAUACCUUGAAGACGACCAGCACCUUCAAGACCUCCGAAAUUAAAUUCAAACUCGGUGAGGAGUUUGAUGAAGAGACUCCGGAUGGUCGCAAGGUCAAGAGUGUUAUUACCUUGGAUGGAAACAAGAUGUCUCAUGUUCAGAAAGGAGACAAGACCACUAGCAUUGAACGGGAGUUCACUGCUAACGAGAUGAAGGCCAUUAUGACUGUCGACGAUAUCGUCUGCACCAGGAUCUAUAAACUACAGGAAUGAGGAGAUUAUCAAAUUAUUCCAUUGACCACACAAAUUACAAAUCAUUGCUUGGAGUAUCUGGGAAUCCAGUUUACUUUAUUUCGCAUAAAAUUAAAGUUCGUAGUCUUCUGGAAGUUAUCAUAUUGCCGUGAAUGUUCAUAUUAAAUAUAUACUUUUAUAUAUUGGUUGAAUCCUGUGUGAAUUAAAUAAAAAUGACAUAAAAAUCCUCGAA